AUGGACGCGUACAGCCAAAUGCACCAACUGAGCAUCGAAAGCAGUGUAGCGACCACUGGCUCUCUGAUCCACCUUGCUCGAUUCUUGAGACGAUGGCAGAUGGCUUUCCAAUUCAUGACACUCGAGAAGCAGCUCUGCACCGGAGAGCAUGGCUCCGUCAGUCGGAUCUCCUUCAACUCGGCUAUCAGUGCCUGCGAAGCCGCGUCGCAGUGGGACGCAGCCCUGGGCAUCUGUGAGUCCAUGGAUCGCGGCGAUGGUGUGACCGUCAGCGCAUGCAUUUCCGCCUGCGAGAAGGGGCAAAGGUGGAUCAGAGCAGUCGACCUCGCUCGGCUUUUGCCUCAAAUGCUCAUUGCGCCGAAACCCACCCGUGGUGAUCUCCAAUGUCGUGCCAUAGCCCUCGCAGCGUGCAUCAGUGCAUGUGAGAAGGGCCUCCAAUGGCAAAGAUCUCUGCAAACGGCCUCUGAUUUGCGGCCUUUUCUCGACUUCCAGAAGGCCUCCAAGACUCUUCCAUACAAUGCAGCAUUGUGCUCCUUGGGCCGGAGUGUUCGCUGGGAACUGGCUGUGAGCAUAUUUCGCUGGCUUCCGAUGUCUACUCUUCGGCCCAGUCUCGAGUCUCUGAAUGCAUGCGUCGGAGCCCUGCGCACCGCGCAGGAGUGGUCGAAAGCUAUGUCAGCCUGGUUGACCUUAGAGCAGUCAGCUCUCAUGCCAUCAGUCGUAACUAUGGCUGCAUCUGCUGCCAUAAUCUCUGGCCGAGCAGCAUGCAAUGCUCUCAUCUCUGCUUGUGCAGAACCAUUGCGAUGGAGAAAGGCCAUCUGUCUCUUCGAGAUCAUCGGCCCU